AUGGCUCCGGAACACCGCGAUAACUUUUUGAGCAUUACCCCGGACGCCUCAAGCUCUGCUGCGCCUGCGGGCACAAGCAAGCCCCCAGUGGCCGAGAAGCCGCCUAACCCGGUCUUCAAGAUGAUGGGCCUACCCAACAUGCGCUUCAAGUUACCGUCUCGCAAUUGGAUGAUCUUCCUCACCAUCACCGGGUCCUUCACCGGCGCCAUCAUGUACGAUCGCAAAGAGAAGCGCCGCGUGCAGAAAAAGUGGUCGGAGCUCGUGGCUCACCUUUCCAAGGAAUCCCUGGAGACCACCCAGAUGCGUCGCAAGUUGACUGAAUACGUUAAGCCGAUUUUGGUCGCCGCGGCGUUGGACUACACUGUUGUCGAGGGCCGGCGCGAGGGAGAUGUCAGGGCUGGAACCGCGGAGAACAUCCGCAAGCUGCGCCGCAAGGCCGGAGAACCCAGCUCGACAGUUGAGGAAAUGGGCGUGGAGGCCGUCGUCGCCGCGACUCGCGAACAAAUUGGCAUUACCGACGAGCCCGGUCCCAAGGGCGACUUGGUUAUUGGCAGACACACAUGGAAGGAAUACGUGCGCGGUCUGCAUGAAGGCUGGCUUGGGCCCUUGGAUGCGCCUCCGCCUCCCCCCGAAGAGGCCCCAAUCGUGGUUGAUGCUCUUGAUACGCCUGAAGCCCCCGUCGCCGAAGUGGCCCCCAUCGCGGACCCAACACCAGAGGCCACAACCCCCGAAAUCUCCACGAUCGAGUCCCUCGAGUCAUCACUCGACUCCGACAACAAAGACGAUACACCUGACCCCAAGGCAGAGCAGGCUAAGGCCGAGGAGGCCAAGAAGGCCGAGGAAGAGGCCGAGAAGGAAAAGAAGCCCGCUGGUCCUACUCCUGCAUACAUCUUCCCCGCCGAUUACUCGUCCGCCAGCCUUCCCCCCUCUCUCCCUCAGACCUUUGACAGCUCCGCUCCCGUCGAUUUCCCUCACAUCCUCGGUUUCCUCAACACCCCAAUUAGAAUGUACCGCUUCCUCACACAACGCCACCUCGCCGAGAACGUCGGACGCGAAGUCGCAGCCGUCGUGCUCGCAGCCAACUCACGCCCAUACCGCGACGAUACCUUCAGCGCAGACUCCGAGAUCACGGGAGCGAGCGUUGACUCCACGCCUUCUCCCGACGGCUCAUUCACAGACCUCGCUCCUCGUAACCACGAGCAGCAGACUGUACUAGAUGCCGCCGAGAAGGAGUGGCACAAGUCUGUGCGCAAGCGUGAAGAGGACGGCAAAGAGCGCGAGUGGCUGGACGACGUUGUUCUGGACCAGCGUAUUGCUUCGCGCAUGCAGCGUGCUCUUCUCUCGCCUGAAGAUGAGGCUCGCUCUCAACGUAUCGGCGAACUGCAAGAGUAUAUUCUUGGUGAAGAGCGGCCGGCCCAUGUGCCCUUCUGGAAGCGCAUGUGGAUUGACUACGGCUAUGGCGAGAGUGAGGAAGCCAUCCGCCGCAAGCCCAUUCUGGGUAACCUCGAUGGAGAGGACGGACAGUAA